AGCAUGUCAGCGGCUCACCGUGUUUCAUCAACAUCGGUGACGUCGCAAAAGAGCACUACUGGAUUAUUUCGGGUUGUGCAGAUCGAUGGAUUGGUCGCUUUAAAAAUCAUCAAGCAUUUUGAGCAAUCUGGUGGACUCACGUCUGCCACCCCUGUUCAAGGCGUACUCCUUGGUUUGAUGGAUAACGAAACUCUCGAAAUCACUAAUUGCUUUCCGUUUCCAGCAGACGAAGAUGCAGAUGUUUCAGAGUACCAGAGAGAAAUGAUAAAGAAACUCAGGAAAAUUAAUGUCGAUCAGCUUACUGUUGGAUUUUACCAGUCUUCAGUUUAUGGAUUUUUCAUAACCCGAGAGCUAAUUGAAGACAUGUAUGUUUAUCAGACAAGCGUCGAAGAGUCAGUUUGUCUGAUUUACGAUCCCAUGAAAACCACAAAUGGUGCCGUGGGACUGAAAGCAUAUCGUCUCAAAUCAAAGUUCUUCAAGAACUACGGUGAUUCUGAAAUCACAAAUGAGACAUUGCAAAAAAUGAAGCUGAAUUACGAAGAGGUGUUGGAAGAGAUGCCGAUUAAAUACCACAAUUCAUAUCUGACGCAGUGCUUUGUGGCCGAAUUGGGUGACAAGUAUCCUCUUCAGAGAAACGAAAACUUGUUGAAACUUGGAAGUGGGUUUGGCUUGGAGAAGAAUCUGAGACUGUUGUCGGAACAUGUGGACCGGAUGUCGGCCGAGUCUAGCAAACACGCCAACUACUACAAGGGACUCAUAAAACAACAGCAGCUCAGACAACAACAUCAGUACAAGAAGGAACAAGAGAAUCUGCUUCGAGAGAAGAGAGGUGAGCCUCCCUUGCCGCAGGAGGAUUUGGACAAGAUGUUCAAGCUACCCACCCCACCCCCUAGACUGGACAAUGUCCUCUUGUCCGCACAAGUCCAGAGCUUCUGCCGCGAGUUGCAGGACUCGACUGCUUCCAGCAUGUGCAAAGCGUUCUUGGCAGAGGUGUUUCAACCCAGCACACAAGACGAUGCUAAUUGAUUUUAUUGUAACCGUUUAAGUAGAUCUACUGCUCCUUUUUUGGAAUGUAACGGCUAAACUAAAAACAUGCAGCACUUAUUUGUAUAGCAACUCAAAAAACCAGAAAAACUAUUAUAAGUUUCCAAAAUGAUAAACAAAGCAACUGAAUUGUCUCCGAUGAUUUCUUUGAUGAAAAUGAAUAUUUGAAUCAAACGGUAAUGCUUGUCACCAGAAGAUGGUUUACAGGAGGAUUUAGCAGUAGAUUUGUUGUGAUCUUUAUUCCUUGCUUGACAAAUGUGCAAAUAUAAUAUUGGAGAGAUGGAUUUGAGUUGGUGUCGUUGACUUGCUUUGCUACCAUGUGGCAUUAAUUAUUGAAUGUGCGCUAAAAAGAGAAAAGCAUAGACCGCAAUUUAUUUACACUUGCUGUUUUUCACCAAA